CUUACACUAAACAACUAAUCAAUUCAAUCUUCCAUCUUUGUUCGAUGCCUCACGAUAAUUAGUUGUCAAAUACUUGAACUUCUAACUCGUAGAUUUGAUCAGAUGGAUUCUAUUCAACCUGAUUGGCCAAGAUGACCUCACAGCUCCUCUCUACGGAGUUAACCAAUCUCAUACAAGAGAGUAAACGGAAACAUAACGAUCUCAGACAGGCAGCUGAAAAGUCUCUCGAGGAACUUAAAGGAAUUCGUGCCACAAGUGAAUCACACCUUGCUGCUGAACUCUCUCAGAAGGUCAAUUUUGUCAACCCCUUUGUCAUAGCUUGUGGUACAAGAAACGCCAAGUUUACCGGAAUCGCCAUUGUCUGCUUGUCCCGCCUCGUUCUCGUCACAGCACUCCCACGAUCCAAGUUGAGCCCCGUCUUAGAAGCAUUACGAGAGGCCACCUCCGCUGGGCUGGAUGUCCAACUUAAGAUUCUACAAGCUUUGCCAUCAUUGCUCCAGAAUUACUCUAAAGAGAUCCAGGGAGAUUUACUUGUUACAGCUCUGAAUAUCUGCUUCAUUUUGCAGACGACAAAGAAUGGGGUCGUCAACAACACAUCCGCAGCUACGCUUCAGCAGCUUGUUAUGACCGUAUUUGAAAAGGUAGCAGCUGAGGAUAAAUUAGCACCUGAUGGGAAUUUUGUUGGCGAUGCCCCUACCGGUGAUGGCGCCGUUCAACUUCGCGCCGCGUCUAUGGAUGCUUACCGUAUUUUUAAAGAUAUCUGCCUAAUGACAGAGAAUCAACGACCAGAAUAUCUCAGGUUUACUGGGCUUCCACAGACAUUCGGCUUAGAGUUGAUAGAAUCGGUCUUGAGUCAGCAUGCCAUCAUUUUCACCGACUCUCAUCAUCCGGAACAGGCACAUAUACUCCGCACUGGGGUAAUGCCCUUUGUGAUCAAAUCAUUAUCCGGAAAGCCGAACUUUGCAACUUCCGUACGUCUUGUUCGUAUUUUAUACACGUUACUCAGAAAACAUCUUGAUGUUUUACCGGCGGAGGGUGGCGAAGCCCUCGAUACACUUACUCAACUACUAGAUCAAGACACGGCUGCUUGGAGAAGAGCAUUAUGUAUGGAGGUAUUUCGGGGUAUAUUCUCAGAGCCUCCUCUACUCAGGCGUAUAUAUACCUUCUACGAUUCUGAAGAGGGGGAGAAGGAUGUUCUUAGGAAUCUGACCGCUACGUUUGUUAGGGUUAGUACAGAAAGACCCGUGGUAAUUGGUCUGGGCCACCAGUCUACUAUCCCCGUCGCAAACCCGUACGCAAAUAUAGGGGGCUCAUCGGAUCAGGCAAUGCUAGAGGCUAGCGGCGUUACUGGAAUUAUCGGCGGAUCCGUUGGUGAGGGAGGAAAUACCGGAAUUAGCUCCCAAUGGAGUACGGUCCGAGUCGCUUGCAUUGAUCAACUUGACAAGACUGAACCGCCGUUGGUUCCAGAAUCGUACAUCUACGCAUUAACACUAUCUUGCAUCACUUCCUUGUCUGAAGGGUUGGCUAAAUUCAUCUUGCCACUUACGGUUCCUCCCGACAACCGGGCUCGCAAACGUGGUGCUAAGCAGCCAGAAACGGGGAGGAAUUCCCCCAGUCUAGUUGAUGAUGAUACCGGUAAUCUAAAAACUAUAGUAGAGAGGACGGCCACUCUGAAUUCUCUCGAGAGAUCAGGUUCGUUCAAGAAAAACCCUGUUCCCCUCAAUCCUCUGGCAGUAAAGGACCAUCCCUUACAUGCCGAGGUCGAGAUAUGCGCGGCUAUCAUCGACGAAUGCUGGCCAGCUAUCCUUGCAACAUGUUCUACCUUUUUAUAUGCUGCACUCGAUUCGGAAUAUUAUCAUGGCCUGGUUCGAGCGUUUCAGAAAUUCGCCCACGUUGCUGGAUUACUUCACCUUACAACCCCAAGAGAUGCUUUCCUCACAACCUUGGGUAAAGCAGCUGUGCCCCCCAACGUAUUCACUGCUUGCUCAAAUACUGGCGCAUCUAAACCUACCGCCGUCAGCCCCGUUUCUGAGGUCCCCAAUAGUAUCAUAGGUAAUGCUAGGGGCCUUCUUAGCGUUGAUAACUUGGUAACCCCAGUCGGCGCUGCCGGUGAGAGGCAGAGACAGGCAUCUAUGGAUGCUAACACGAUACCUCAAACUUUGAACACUCGGAACCUUCUAUGCUUACGCGCAUUAUUGAAUUUGGGAAUAGCCUUGGGGCCAACACUUAGUGCCUCUUGGUCAAUUAUUUUGGAAACGUUACAACAAGCCGACUUUGUGCUAUUCGCAACUGGGAAGUCUCCCGGUAGAACCCCAAUCGCCGGGAAGGGACCGGACCCGAGAGCAGAGAGUGAAGCUUCUUUGCUCUUGGCCAACUUCAGCACUGAGAUAAGGGCUGUUGAAACUGCCGCAUCUAGACUCUUCGAAAGCACGGUUGAUUUUCCUAAUGGUGCUUUUGUGGAGGUCGUCGACGCCAUAUGUGGUCUGCUAGAUCAACGAACAGACCAGGCUUCAGAAGCAUCAAGCCGACCACAAUCAUCAGCUUCCCUAACAACGCCAGUGCCAAUGACGGGCCUUCGAACGCCGAGUGGUCAACAUCGGAGACUUGUCAGCGUAUCUACCAUACUGCCAGCUGGUCCCAGUCAAGAGGAUCAAUUUGCCCUUGCGAAAAUCGGUGAAAUUGCGAGUAUCAACAUUGAGAGACUUCUAAGCUACCCUCCAGAUGUGUCAGGCUGGACGCGCAUCACCACUGAGCUUAUUAACGCAUUAAGCUCCGUCCCCAUGCCAGCACAGAUUCGAAACCGUGCUGCAGAUAUUCUUGUGCAUCUUACUCUAAACGCAGCCAAAUCUGUAGUUGGCUUCGACGACGAAACCCGCGGUCGGGUUCAACUGCGCCUCCUCGAGGCUCUCCGCGACUCCUUGCUUCCACUACAGAUGGAAGAUCGUGCAGCUUCCGUAGCCACUCAUUCAACAGAUAUUGAUAUCCAUAAGAUCAUACUCGAGGGCCUUAAAAGCCUUCUUGAUGACUGUGGCGAUACGCUUCUGAGUGGCUGGGAGAUUACGUUCGAGAUUAUUGGUAGUAUCUUCGUUCCAAGAAGAUACGGUGACGGCACACGAGACACUGGUGACCAAUCCUUCACCCUUACAACACGAUCUAGCAAGCUCAUUAGAUCCGCGUUCAAUUCUUUGCAAUUAAUAUGCUCUGACUUCCUCGGGUCAUUGCCCAAAUCAUGUUUUCUUAUUCUUGUUGAUACCCUGUACAAAUUCUGUUCACAGGACGAUGAUUUAAAUAUUGCGCUCACGACUGUCACGUUCUUCUGGGUACUUUCUGAUUUCUUGUCUGGGAAAAGCAAAUUGCUUCCAAUUACCGAUACUCUUGUUGAUGAUCCUGAUGGCAUUUCAUUAGUUGAGAAGGCUUCGAAUGCUGAAGAUGCAUCCUCGGACGCUGCCUUGUGGAUGCUUCUCUUGUUGAGACUAACUACCGUGACAGCCGACGAUCGACUUGAUUUAAGAAACAGCGCUAUUCAGACACUCUUGCGCAUAUUCGAUGCAUAUGGAGAAAGGCUCGGUCCUGAAGCAUGGUCUGUCUGCAUCAAGUCUGUCAUUUUUAAACUUCUUUCGUCAAUUGAGGAGGAACUUGAAGAUGUUGGCAAGCAAGACGUUGACGAGAAAAUACGCCACGACUGGCAUGACACCGCUGUUGUGGUCCUAAAUGGCAUAUCUAGUCUCCUUGCCAAUUAUCUUGACGUGCUGACUGUCCAUCCCACAUUCAACUCAUAUUGGCAGCAACUAUUAGGGCAUUUUGCUUCCCUACUUGAUUUCCAGGUUCUAGAAAUUAGCACGGCAACGUUCAAAGCGUUGACCCAGAUGCUUUCACAAAGUCAGAACGGUAUAAAACAGAAUUUUAACAAGACAACAAUUGACCUGGCCUGGGAUCUGUGGUCUCGUGGCGUUCCUGUCUCUAGAAAAGGCAACACGGGCAAGAUCACAGAUAACCAAAAUUGCCUUCUCGCCUACGUCGCGGCUCUUCGCGACGUGUAUCGUCUUAUACAAGUUGACCUUACAGUUGACCGCAUUCGUCGAAUGUUAACGCUAUUACGAGAAGUCAUGCAAGUGGCGACCCCCGGAUCAUACAUAGCUGAUAUUGAUCAUGUCACACCUUUGCAAGGGCAGGUUUUAGAGGUGAUAAAAUUACUUCGAACUGAUCUACCAGGGGCGCCGUCUGCCGUGAUAUCUCAGACCUCCGAAUUCAUCUCACUGGCUUUCCUCGAAGAACAUGCCAUGUCAAGCCAACGCAAUUCACAAAAACGCACUUACGUUGCUAUGUCUAAGGCCAGCAUGUUGAUUCUUCAAUCAUUACUUGUUAGCCACGCAUCCGACGUAAAGAUCUAUAGCGACGGCGCAUUCCUGACCGCUCUUACGGCUUUAUCGAAGCCGAUUGUACUUAAAUACAGAUUUCCCAUCAUCACUAAGACAGAGCAACCUUGGAGGUUAUCCACAACUUCUGCUUUGGUUAUUCUAGAAGCUACUCUCCCCCAACUCCAUAAACUCGAUAUUUCCCGGCCAAACCUACAAGACAUUUGGGAGAUGAUCGUUACUAUUGCCAAUGGGGUCAUCAGUGCAGAUUGCGAUGCACCCCCAGAUCGAGUUAACAUUGCGGACGAUCAGGAUUUUGAUAUCUCUUCAUUCUUGAAACUUCGUGAGCUCAUCAUUCCUUCUCUAGGUGGAGAAGUUGUAGCGGACAAAACCAGAAAGGUGUUCGCAGAAAACCUAUUCCGCAUGUCCAUCAUACAUACACCAGCACCUGCAGAAUCCGCGCUUAUCUACGGAAGCGAUGGAGAUGACAUAAUUGGACUCUCAAACCUUUACAAGCCACGAAGAGGCCGUACCAUCGAUCCACCUCCUGCUAAACGCGAGAAGAUGUGUUACAUAUGUAUUGAUGAGCUCUUCGCCUUGGUAAGUAACCAUAGCGAAGCAUCAACACCUCACAUAACAGUUCAACCCCCAACGCCUGCUUUUCCUCCACCAAAGGUAGCGGCGAAUAUGCCAUUUGAAUCCCCUCAUGCUCUCCAUGUGCGACUAGCAAGAACGGCAGCACCAUAUUUAAUACUGAGGGCAGCUCUUACACUACGGGCCUACAUUGCAGAUCAGCCGCUGCGUGGUCGCAUGCCGCAACCGCUUAGCCAACGCAAAGAACUAUCGCGGAUGUUAGAAAGAUUAGUAGAGCUUCGAAGCGAACCCGAGGCUAUACCCGACACAGCCAAUGUCGAAAGCGAGAGCCGUAAACAUCUACUCAGACUUUACCCGUUGAUUGUCAGCGCGAGCAGCGUAGCUGGCACGAGCGGGGAUGAAGGCGUAUCGAAGUUGCUGACGAAGGCAUUGGAGGUUGUUGGAUCGGAAUUGGGGAUUUGAGAUUAUUAGUCUUUUAUGACGGCAAUGAUGAGCUGAAUUCGCAGGCUAUUAGACUCGUGGUUAUGUUGAAUUACCUUACAGUGGUUUGUAUGAAGCUAGGUAGGUAGUAUUCUCAUAAACAUUAGGUAAAACCACAACGCACUCGAAAUAAUCUUGAGGAGAGUUGCGUACAUAGAUACUUGCUAGGCACCUACAACCUCUUAG